UCAGUUUCAUUCGUGCUUCAGAGUAGGAUGGUAAUUAAUAAUUAAUAUUAGAAAACACGUACAUACAUAUCGACUUCGAUAGCACACGGAAGACAUAUUUUUUAGAAAUGGCGCAAAAAGAAGAAUUGUUUACCACUCGUGUGCGUAAAGCAACAAGAACAAUUCAUUCAGUCAGUGACGCCUUGGUAAACGCAAAGUUUGCUAUUUCUUUAAGUGAUGAAACUGUAUGGGGUGGAGGGUUAUUUGUGUUUUAUCACAUAUUUGCAUUCCUUGAAGAUGCUAAGAAAAGAUUAAGUAUGACAGAUUAUGAAAAGUUAUUUGUAACCGAUGUACUACUCAGAAAAGAUGCUUUUGAAGAUGACCUGGCGCACUAUCUUGGAGAGAAUUGGCAAUCUUUACCUAAAUCUUCAGCAUUGGAGAACUAUCUAGAACACUUGCAAAACCUUGAAAGAGAAAACCCAAAACUGCUGAUGGCUUAUGUUUAUCAUCUUUAUUUAGGCUUAUUGAGCGGUGGACAGAUUCUUGCUAAGAAGAGGAAUGUUUUUGGUGAUGGUAACUCUGAGACAGGAAAAUAUAUUGAUAGAGUGACAGAUUUCACCGAUGUUGAUAUUGCCCAACUGAAGAAAGAUUUCCGACAAGCAAUGAACGAGAUAGCUGUAAAAAUGACUGAAGAUGAAAAGCAAGCAUUUAUAGAAGAAAGUAGUCAAGUUUUUCUAAUGAACAAUUUGAUAGUUAACUCGGUUGGGGGUCAAAGCAAAGUUCUCUAUAACAUAUUAUAUAAAACUUCGGCAAUAAUUUUGCUUUUAGCCGGUGUGAUGUUGGCAUACAAAUUAAACAAAUAGAAAUUAAAAUUGGCAAAGUGAUAAUCUAGAAAUAGAUGAUCAAUUUGUUACAUUGUAGUAAUAUUGAAUCUUUGUUUAUCCUAUAUUGAUAAAAUAAUUAUUGCAAAGUCAUGUAUUACUUACUAAUUAUAGAACAAACAUGUUAAACAGCUUAUAUCACAAAGUAUAACAUAUUUUAUCUAUGAGUGUGUAGAAUUGAAUGCAAUAUAGUAUAGGGGAAAAUUACUCUUUUGUAUUAGUAAUUGUAUGUUUUAUUUGUGUUAAAGAGUUUAUUAUGGAUAUUUUAUCAUUACGUCUAGUUGACCUUAAAUUUUAAUUAUGUAAGUGUUGUUCCCUUUCUAAUUCUAUUAUUAUUAAUAUGAGAAAAAAAUAUUAUUAUCAAAUUUUCUGUUGGCUGUGAUUAGGAAAAUUUUCAAAUUUUUUUUUUAUUCUUUGUUAAUGUUAUAAACUUGAUCAUAGCUUGAGAAGCCCUAACUUACAGUGUGAUAGUAGUAUUGUCGUUGAUAAUAAAAGACUGAUUAAGUA